AUGAACGGCGCUAUCGAGGCCGCCUUCGCCCUCGUCGUCGCUCCCCACCCGCCACCGCAGAACGACUCGAACCAACCGCGAAUGUUCGUCGACUGGACACCUGGCCAGAUCGAACGGACCGUGUGCUGACCCGCCACUUGCGCUGGCUGUGCACAGAUGCCUUCCCCGACGUCAUACUGGCUCACGACGACCCAGGCCGACAGCUCGUCCUCGGCGGACCAGCUCGAGGACCUGCAGGGCGUCCUGGGCCACGGCAAGCUCGGGCGAGCCGCCUACAUCGACUUUCCCCAGUUUAAGGUGCGUUUCUCCCGAGCCCCCUGACCCCGGUCUGCCCAGACAUGGGACUGACGCAGCACCUUCCGGACCCGCUCCGACGGCCGCUCACCGUGCACCCCCUGUCGUCAUCGCCCUUCACGGGUCGGUUUCCGCACCGCCGUUGCACGCCGCAGACGGGAACCCUGUCCUCGCUCUUGACCUUGUCCGAACAGUUGGCCAAACAGGACCCAGCCGUCAGCGCCGCCCUAGCCAAGACGGUCGACCAGAUCCGCUCGCUCACCUCCGCCGACUCGCAGUCGCAGUCCUCCGGCUCGGCCUCGGCCGUCUCGUCCGAUCGUGCCUCCCCGUUGGCGCAGCACCUCGUCACCGAUGACGGCCGACCGUACCUCGACUACAUCUUCCCUUCCGACGACUCGGCCGCGGCGACGCGCGAGCCGGCGUGGACGUGGAACCGUAGCAAGUAUCGCUACGAGUCGCGCUCGCUGCAAGAGAUCGUCGAGGGGUUGAUGAAGGAGGUGUCGAGCAUCGAGAAUGCACAGAGGAACAAGAGUGGGCAGUAUGGCAUCGUCAAGGGUCAAGUCGUCUCGGCGCAGAGGAAAAAGACGUGAGCAGAUGACGAGGGUAUCAAUGUCUUUCAUCGUCGGCUAGCAGCCCUGACGAUGGUACCCCAUCCUCCAUUUCGACUACAGUGGCAACCUUGCUACGCGAUCACUUGCCGAUGUCGUUUCGGCCAAAGACUUUGCUGGCACAAGCGAAUCCGAGUACCUCGAAACGGUCCUGGUGGCCGUGCCCACGUCAGUCUCCGCGUCGGACUCGCUCGGGUAGCCUCCCCGAGCCCGAGCUGACGCGCUUCGAUGUGGACUCUCCGCACAGGAACCUCGUUAAGGAGUGGGAAAACAGCUACGAGCGGCUAUGUCAGAUGGUCGUUCCCCGGUCAUCGAGGUGAGCGCUCGAAUUUCGGCCCCUAGCAUGCAAUCAUUCCAAGACGGUCAACUCAUCGAACCUUGCCCUUCGCUGCCUUCGCUUGACAGCAAACUCGCUUCGGACGAUGAGUUUGUGCUCUAUGGCGUCACCAUCUUCCGCCGCGUCAAGGACGAAUUUUCGCAGAAAUGUCGCGAGGCCAAAUUCAUCGUGCGCGACUUUACCUACGACGCCUCGGCGAUCCAAAAGGCGCAGGCCGACCUCGUCGCGCUCGAGGCCGAGGAGAAGGACCUGUGGACGGAUCUCUUGCGCCUGUCGAGGAUCAAUUUUUCCGAACUGUUCCAGAUCUUGAUCCACCUCAAGGUCGUGCGAGCCUACGUCGAGUCCGUCCUAAGGUACGGCCUGCCCGCGGCUUAUUUCGGCGCGAUCAUCAAACCCGAAUCCAAGUCCGUGGCCAAGCUGACGACGGCGUUGAGCGAGCAUUUCGGUACGGAAGGGAAAGGGAAGGGCGGGAGCAAGAAGCACGGCAAAGGGUCGUCGUUGGAGGGUACGGACGCGACCGUGGCCGGCGAGUUUGCGAACGUGCUCGAGGGCGAGUACCUCGACUUUGUGCUGUUCGAGAUUGAGCGCGUCGAUGCAUAG